AUGCCCGAAGCUGUACCGCCCCAUAAGCGGGCUCUCACCGAUACAACGAGCAAUCCGCGCAGUAAUGCCGCCUCUUCCGCCGUGUUGAAGAAGCGGAAGCUUGAUAGCCAACCUUCUUCCCUAUUAAAAGGUCCAGCAAAUAGCCUUCACAAAAAGGGCUUUGGCUCAAGUCAACCGCAAAAAAGUCAAUUCGAAGAGGAGGUCCUCGAGAAAUUCACACAAGACAUCGGUGACCUGAAGGGGAACAAUGCAGAGAAAGAUCAACAAUGGGACAGACCAGCACUCGUGGAUUUCAACCCGACAAGAGAUAACAUAUGCUUCCAGCAGAUAGAUGCUGAAGAAGGCAGAUUUGGGGCUGAUAAGAUGGCGGUGCGUCUAUUCGGCGUCACUGAGACCGGACACUCGGUCAUGCUACACGUAACUGGAUUUCAACAUUAUCUCUACAUUGCUGCUCCGGUCGGAUUCACAAAAGAGGACUGCGAUCCCUAUCGAGCAUUUCUCGAAACGAAACUUGCACAAAUGGCCCCAGUGAUCCAAUCCGUGGAAGUCACUUUGAGGGAGAAUCUUUACGGCUUCCAAGGAAACCGGAAGAGCUGGUACCUCAAGAUCACAGUGACCGAUCCCAAAUUCAUUGCACGGCUACGGAGUGCACUUGAAACGGGCAGUGGAACGAUGAACUAUAAAGGUCUCUGGAGCAAUUCCGAUUCUGGCAUUCUGACGUUCGACAGUAUCCAAUAUCUCCUUCGAUUCAUGAUUGAUACAGGGCUACACGGAAUGUCGUGGGUCGAGGCGAAGGCUGGAAAAUACCGUCUUUUGCCAGAUCACGAGAGACAAUCCAACUGCCAAAUAGAAGCUGUCAUGGACUACCGUGACAUGAUAGCUCACGCCCCGAACGGCGAGUGGGCUAAAAUGGCCCCACUACGCAUCCUCUCUUUUGAUAUCGAAUGCGCUGGUCGCCAGGGCAUCUUUCCCGAGCCCAACGUAGACCCAGUGAUUCAAAUCGCCAAUGUGGUCACUCGGUACGGAGAGUCAAAACCUUUCAUACGAAAUGUUUUUUGCCUCGAUACCUGCAGUCUUAUCGUCAACACGCAAAUCCUGGAGUUUGAGAAAGAGGAACGGAUGUUAAUGGCGUGGCGGGAGUUUGUGGAAAAGGUCGACCCGGAUGUUAUCAUCGGAUACAACAUUGCCAACUUCGAUUUCCCUUACUUGCUGGAUCGCGCAAAGCACCUCAAAUGCGGUCAAUUCCCAUACUGGACGCGAGUGAGAAAUUGCAAGACCGAAGCAAAAGAGGCGAGCUUCUCCAGUAAGCAGAUGGGCAAUCGCGAGACCAAGGCAACAAACACCAAUGGCAGAAUUCAACUCGACUUGCUACAACUGGUCCAGCGUGACCACCAGCUGCGAAGCUACACACUCAACUCUGUUUCGUACGAGUUUUUGGGGGAGCAGAAAGAAGACGUUCAUCAUACUAUGAUUACUGAGCUCUUUAACGGCACACCCGACUCUCGGCGUCGGUUGGCAGUUUAUUGUUUGAAAGAUGCUUAUCUGCCCCAGAGACUGAUGGACAAGCUGAUGUGCUUGGUCAACUACACUGAAAUGGCUAGGGUCACAGGUGUACCCUUCAAUUACCUCCUUUCCCGCGGCCAACAAGUGAAAUUUAUCAGCCAGCUGUUCCGCAAAGCUCUCGAGCAGCAGCUCGUUAUCCCCAAUUCCAAGUCGCAAGACGAGCAAGACUAUGAGGGUGCGACCGUCAUUGAGCCGAAGCGCGGUUACUACGGAGUUCCCAUCGCCACUCUUGAUUUUGCGUCUCUAUACCCAUCGAUCAUUCAAGCCCACAAUCUCUGCUAUACCACCUUACUCAAUAAGUCGAGCGUCGAGAAGCUGGGUCUCAAGAAAGACGAGGAUUACAUUGUGACGCCCAACGGCGACCUUUUCUGCACCGCUAAGGUCCGGAAGGGCCUCUUGUCGCAAAUUCUAGAGGAGUUGCUGGGAGCAAGAAAGCGCGCCAAGAAAGAACUGGCCAGCGAGACAGAUCCGUUCAAAAAGGCCGUGUUGAACGGUCGUCAACUUGCGUUGAAGAUCAGUGCAAACAGUGUCUAUGGUCUCACGGGAGCUACUGUCGGCAAGCUACCAUGUCUUCCUAUUGCCAGUAGCACGACCAGUUACGGCCGUCAAAUGAUCGAAAAAACCAAGGCCGAGGUUGAGGCGCGCUACACCAUUGCAAAUGGAUACUCUCACGAUGCUCAGGUCAUCUAUGGUGACACUGAUUCUGUCAUGGUCAAGUUCGGCGUCACGGAACUAGAAGAGGCGAUGAAGCUCGGCGAGGAAGCGGCGGACUACGUCUCGUCCAAAUUCAUUAAACCGAUCAAGCUCGAAUUCGAAAAGGUUUACUUCCCAUACCUGCUCAUCAACAAGAAACGAUACGCAGGUCUCUACUGGACCAACACUAAGAAACAUGACAAGAUGGACACGAAGGGUAUUGAGACUGUCCGACGUGACAAUUGUUUGUUGGUCCAGAACGUCAUCGAAACGGUGCUGAACAAGAUCCUUAUCGACCGAGAUCUUGACGGCGCGCAAGACUACGUGAAAGCCACCAUUUCGGACCUUUUGCAGAACAAAGUGGACAUGUCCAAGCUUGUGAUCACCAAGGCCUUGUCACAGAAGGAAUAUGCGGCAAAGCAAGCUCACGUCGAGCUUGCUAAGCGCAUGACGAAACGAGAUGCUGGAUCUGCGCCUGCCUUAGGCGACCGUGUAGCCUACGUAAUGAUCAAGGGCGCCGCGAACUCGAAAGGCUACGAGCGUGCGGAAGAUCCGAUCUUCGUCUUGGAGAACAAUAUCCCCAUCGAUACCAAAUACUACCUCGACAACCAGCUGGCAAAUCCCCUGGGACGAAUUUUCGAACCCAUCUUGGGAGAGAAGAAAGCUAAUCAGCUGCUGACUGGUGAGCACACCCGCUCUAUCUCGGUCGCCGCCCCCAGCCUCGGUGGUCUUAUGAAGUUUACCAAGCGCACCCAAACCUGCAUGGGCUGUAAGAAGCCCUUGAUGGGUAAAGAAGAAAUGGAGGGAGCUGUCUGCGCCAACUGCCGGCCACGCAUUGGCGAGCUGUACACCAAAGCUCUUACCAAAGUGUCUGACUUGGAGGUCCGCUUUGGACGGCUAUGGACUCAAUGUCAGCGCUGCCAAGGCAGUUUGCAUUGUGAGGUGAUCUGCUCUUCGCGCGAUUGUCCCAUUUUCUACAUGCGGAUGAAAGCAAAGAAGGACGUCGAAGAUUCUCAGAAGGAGCUAGCUCGAUUUGACUUCGACGCAGGGGCGUGGUGA